CAUCUCCCCUUGGAUCAUCGUUGAUCUGCCACCGUCUGAUGUAACUCCGACAUGGCGGCGACCACCACCAAAGCCAAAUUCUUCCGCCAAGCUGACCUAACAAGCAGUGGGCGGCCUGUCCUUCUCCCCAGUGAAGUUGAAUGCCAACUACUCACGUCCGUCGACCUCGAACCGGAAGAGGACCGGUCUCAUCUAUUCUCGGCUUUGAAAUCUGGCGUUCUUAUCCUGACUACCCACCGUCUUAUCUGGCUUCCCCCCUCUGCCUCCGCUACUGCAGCAUAUGCAAUCCCUCUGGCCGCCAUCUCCCACAUAUUCUCCCCAAAGAAAUCAAUCAAGUCUAUGUUCCACUCUCCCAGGAUUCGUUUCCAGGUCCUCACGGAUACAGACGGACAGGUUUUUGAUCUGGGUUCGAGUUCAGGGUCCAGCUCGGUGGUGGUGACAGCGGUGAUCAGGGGGAAAGGGGACUCUGAUGGAUUUUUGGGUAAGUUUUCGGAAUGUUGGAAGGGGAGGGAGUGGGAGACUGCUGUGAGUUCGGACUCCAAUAGGGGAUCUGGCUCGAGCACAGGUGGAGGGUUGUAUGGAAGUGAUGGAGCGGUGAGGAUGGUGGGGGUAGCAGGAAUUUUGCGGAAGGAGCAGGAAAUGUGGGAGAGUACAGAUAAGAGCUUGCAGGAGGCGUUCCAGGACUUGAAUGCACUAAUGAGUAAGGCGAAAGAGAUGGUGAUGCUAGCUGAAAAAAUGAGGCAAAAGCUUUUGUCUGGAACAAAUACCAGUGCAGCAAAUGAUGAGGAAAUGGGUUCCAAAGAAGAGAUGCAGGAUUGGUUGUUGAGUGUUGGUAUAAUAUCCCCAGUUACAAAAGAGACUGCUGGUGCCCUGUAUCACCAACAACUAUCCCGCCAGUUGGCAGAUUUUAUCAGAAUUCCACUAGAGAAAGCUGGUGGAAUGAUCAAUCUUAUUGAUGUAUAUUGUCUCUUCAAUCGUGCUCGAGGAACAGAAUUGAUCUCACCAGAGGAUUUGUUGCAAGCUUGUUCUCUUUGGGAGAAGUUUGAUGUUCCUGUAAUGCUUCGGAAAUUUGAUAGUGGAGUCAUGGUCAUACAAAACAAGUCUCACAGUGAUGAAGAGGUUUUUGCUAGGAUCAUAGCCCUUGUGUCUAAGCCAGAAGCUCUUCGAAAUGGAAUAAGUGCAAGUGAUGCUGCAAGGACCCUAGAAAUUGCUCCAGCAAUGGCCAAGGAGCAUCUUCUAACUGCCGAGAGCAAAGGUUUGCUAUGUAGAGAUAUAAGCCCUGAUGGCUUCCGCUUUUAUAUCAACCUCUUUCCUGAAAUCGAUCCAAGUGAUGUCUACUUGAUAAAGGAUUACGGGAUAUACAGUACAUGGAUAAAGGCAAUAUCUACAUGCCAUGGAGCUGAGGUUUCCAGAACCAGCUGAUGUUCCACCAUCUGUCCUCAUUGAUUUUUAGGUUGGGAUAAGAUGUGAAGGGCACAUAGCCUUCUUAACCAUGCUCAUGUACAGAAUCUCAUGUUCUGUAUCAACCAUUACAAAAUUUCUGGACAUGAACCAUAUGGUGCUGCUUCUCUCACCUGUAAAAGUCGGAUGGCUUACCAUUCAAAGAAAAUCAGGCAAGGUGACUGAGACAGAACAAUUACAUUUUUAUUUGUGCUUCAUGCCUUUGACAGAGAUUGUAAUUUAUUUUGUUGCCAAAAAAAAAAAGGGGGAUGAAUUCGCAGCAAUUCAGUGAUUUGUGAUGCAUAAAAAAAUCUUGAACAGAAACAAGUCAUUGAAAAUAAAGUGAUAUGAAUGUGCAACCGUGUAAAAUGAUGGAUAUAUGUUGCAGUCUUGAAAGAGCAUGGAGAAAAGGGUAGAUGGAAAACCACAGAAGCAGUAGAAAUGGUUGACGUAGGAAGGGAUCAGCACUGUUAAGAAAUUACAGAAACACAAAGCAGAGAGACUGAAGAUACCAUUCCCAGCCAACCAUCUCUACUGCCUCCGGAAGAUCACUCCCAUUUCGACUCAGCUAAAACAAUACAAAAAUGCCUAAUGCUUUUUGAUAGGGCUUUUGCUAGAGUUCCUCUUAUAUGGCAGCCCUGAGGUACCUCCA